AUGAUUAGAAAGCUCCUAGGUUCCGUGGGUUACAUCAUUCAGUAUGCUUGCAUAGCACACUGUACUUUUGAAUAUGUAGGCGUUUUAGUGUUGUGCUCUGGACCUUCAAUGGAGCCUACAAUACACUCAGAUGAUGUUUUGUUAUCCGAACAUAUCAGUACUAGGUUAAAUAAUGUAAAGAGAGGUAGCAUUGUAAUAGCCAAGUGUCCUAUGAACCCCAAGCAAAAUAUAUGUAAAAGAGUUGUUGGGCUUCCUGGUGAUAGAAUUAGAGUUGGUUUUAAUAGUUAUGAGAUUGUUCCAAGAGGACAUGUUUGGUUAGAAGGUGAUAACACUACCAAUUCAACAGAUUCUAGAACAUACGGACCUGUGCCACAAGGACUAAUUCGAAACUUCUUAGACUUCGCGAAUAACUGUCAAUUGUUUUGUACGUACCUUUCAAUAACACCCUGUAUACCACAGUGCUUAAUUAGUUUACUGGUCAUCUAUAGAAUCUGUUCCAAGAUGUAA